GACAAGCUAGACAGGUGAAAAAAGUUUCAACUAUAAGAUUUUUGUAAUUAUUUCCUUCACAUUGGACAUUGUAACAAAUAUUAGAAUUAAAAGGUUGUGGGCGAUUAUAUUUCAAUUAGAUUAUUUAAAUUUUCGAAAUGAAAUCUUAUAAUGGUUUUCUGUAUAGCGUGGUUUAAAGGUUGCUUAUUAUAACUAAAAUGGCAGUUCAACCGGGAAUUAGAGUUGUGAGGGGACCUGAUUGGAUUUGGCAAAAUCAGGACGAUGGGGAAGGUCAUGUUGGCACAGUUUGUGAAAUUGGAAGAUAUGGUUCAGCUCAUUCUCCAGAAAAAACUGUGGUUGUAAAUUGGGAUUCUGGGCCAAGGACUAAUUAUAGAAUAGGAUAUCAAGGACAAUAUGAUUUAAUUAUUGUUGAUAAUGCUCAGAUUGGAGUUCGUCAUUCAAAUGUUGUUUGCGAUGGUUGUUAUAAAGGAGGAAUUGCGGGAAUUGUUUUUAAGUGCGCACAGUGUUCAAAUUAUUACUUAUGCUCAUUUUGUUAUGGAAAUGAUGUACAUGAUACAGAACAUUCUUUUAUUAGGUACACAACACCGCAGUCAUUGGGAGUAAGGGUGACACCAAGAAAAGGAGUAACAAAAACACAACUGAAGGGAAUCUUUGUUGGAGCAAAAGUCGUAAGAGGUUCUGAUUGGGAAUGGGGUCAACAAGAUGGUGGAGAAGGAAAAACUGGAAGAGUUAUGGAAAUUCGAGGUUGGGACAAUGAAUCUUGCAGAAGCGUCGCUAAUGUGUCUUGGGUAACUGGUUCCACUAAUGUUUAUCGUCUUGGGCAUAAGGGUAAUGUUGACUUGCGGUACGUAACUCCUACAACUGGCGGAUAUUAUUAUAAGGAUCACAUGCCAAUUCUCGGCCAAACAGAGGAACAACAACCUGUCAUUUCCGCAGUUAAACCUGUUUUUUCUGUGGGAGAUAGAGUGAAAGUAUGUCUGGAAGUAGACGCUCUUAUGAAAUUGCAGCAAGGUCAUGGAGGAUGGAACCCAAGAAUGGUCGAGCAUUUAGGAAAAGUUGGGAUCGUGCAUAGAAUAACGGAGAAGGGUGAUAUUAGGGUUCAAUACGAAAAUUGUCCAAAUAGAUGGACUUUCCACCCAGCUGCUUUAGUCAAAGUUUGCUCUUUCCGUGUUGGAGAUUUGGUUACAAUCAUAACUGAUGUGUCUAAAGUUCAGCAAUUACAAAAAGGACAUGGCGAGUGGAUAGAACCAAUGAAAACCGUUUUAGGAAAAACUUGUAAAGUAGUCAAAGUUUAUUCAGAUGGUGAUUUGAGAAUUCAACAAUUAGACGCUGCAAUUGAAUGGACUCUUAAUCCCAAAUGUGUCAAAUUGGAACGACCUCCAUUAGCUACAGCUGCAGAACGCUCGAAUAGUAUGAUGGAUUUAAGCCAUCAGCGCUCUGAUCACAUAAUAACACCUUUAUCGGGCUUAUCGGGAUCAUCUUCCGCAGAUAAACUUGUUCGUGAGGCUGCUCAAGGACAUUUUGAUUUUGUUAAGCAAUAUUUAGAACAACAUCCAAAUCAAGUUGAUGUCAUGAGUGGAGGGAAAACUUGUCUACAAGUAGCUGCCCAUCAAGGCCACGUUAACUUAGUUAGAUUUCUAAUAAAUAGCGGUGCUAAUGUUAAUGUUAUUGAUAAGGAAGGUGAUUCGACGUUGCAUUAUGCUGCUUUUGGAAAUCAAGCGGAAGCUAUGCGUAUAUUAUUAGAGAAUAAUGCAAAAAUAAAUUUUUUAAAUGCUAGUCAUUGUUCAGCAUUACAUAUAUGCGCACAUAAAAAGACCCCUGAUUGUAUACGAAUUUUAUUGGCGUUUGGAGUCAAUGUCAAUAUACAAGACUCGUAUGGCGAUACUGCAUUACACGAUGCAAUUGGUAAAGAAAACAGUGAAGUAGUUGACUUAAUUUGCUCUGCCCCAAACUUAGACUUUACAGUUAGAAACAAUCGAGGUUUUAAUGUACUGCAUCAUGCUUCACUUAAAGGAAACGUGUUUGCUACGAAACGUAUAUUGCAAUUGGCAAGACAACUAGUCAACGUAAAGAAGGAUGACGGAUUUGCAGCUCUUCAUUUAGCGGCUUUGAAUGGUCAUUCUGAAGUUGUGGAGGCGUUAAUAUUGCAUGGUGCCGAGAUAGAUAUACGAAAUAAUCGAAGACAAACACCGUUUCUAUUAGCUGUAUCACAAGGUCACUCUGCCGCAAUCGAAAAAUUAGUAAAACUGGGAUGCAACAUUAAUGCAAUGGAUGAAGAUGGAGAUAACGCUUUGCAUUUAUGUGUAAUAAAGAAAACCAAUUUUCAACAUUCAGUCCCAUCUGCAUCAGAUUCACCAGAGAUAUAUGAAAUUUAUAAUAGCUUGGAAAAUUUAUCAGAACUAAGAUUCAUGUACGCAAUCUUAUGUUAUUUGUCGAAAAAGGGUUGUAAAAUAGAAGCUAAUAACAAGGGCUCAAAGAUAUUUGAUUGGGUUCAUGACAAAGAUAUUCAAAAAAUAAUUUUAAAUUAUCAAGCUAUGUUCGUUCAUGAAGCUACACCAAGCACCAGUGACAUUCAGCCGGUAACGAACAAUGGGCAAGCAAUGAAUUUACCACCAUCUGGCGGAAAUAUAUCUUUAAGCGAUGUGCCAAGUGGUAGUACAGCAGAGUCUUCUAACUUUGGUAUUAUGCAAAAUAUUCCAACUCCAGCUAAAAGAAAAACAGCUUCCAAUACUUUACACAAGAACAAUUUGCAAUCUACACGAACAAUAGACGACCAAAGCAAUGUCAAUUCAUUUGAUAUUAAAAAUUUAGAGUCUUUAUUAAAUCGAAACCAAAUUGGGGGAAAUGAUAAUAUAGGCGCUUCAAAUAUUCAAGAAACUGAAUCCACUUAUGUAGAAAUGACCCCAACUAAAAGCAAAAUAUCAAACAACGAUGAACAGUCUCAAGGGUCAACUCAAAAACCGACGAAUAAUCAAUCAAAUAUAUCUGGAAAAGGACAUACAAGUCGAAAACAAGCAUCUCUUACAGAAAACAUUAGUUCAAAUCUUGUAAAAUUAUCGCCGGUAACAUCGCCCAGCUUAGAGCCCAAAGAGUGUAUUGUCUGUAAUGAAACUCUUCUUUUAAUCAUUUUUGAACCUUGCAUGCAUCAAAUUUCAUGCGAAGAAUGUGGAAUUAGAAUGAAAAAAUGCUUAUCUUGUCAGACGUUAAUCGAAAAGCGUUUAAAUAUUAAUGGCAAGGAUGUUACAAAGAAAAAUCAAACUAGAAUACCCUCGGCCGAUCGUUUAAGAUAUUUGGAAAAUAAAAUACAAGAGUUUGAAGAAUCUCGUUAUUGCAGUAUAUGUAUGGAACGCAAUAAAGAUGUAGCAUUUUUAUGUGGACAUGGAGCCUGUUCACGUUGUGCGGAAACUUUACGUACAUGUCAUAUGUGUAGAAAAACUAUUGUGAAAAAAAUAAAUUUAUAUUAAAGCA